AAGACAUUAGAAAAUUUGCAUAAAGGGACGUUAUAAAGGUUAUAAAUUUGGCUCGAUGGACGCGUUUUGAAAUCUGAUUGGUCGCCUGAGGUGAAAAUCGGACAAGACUGACUGGGAGAAGCACUGUGGCGACUUUAUGCGGUACUCGAACCUCUCGAGAACGCGUGUUUUCUGCUCCGUCACCAUUCGCGUUGAAAUUCUGUCGGCGAGGCGUUAAAAAGUUUAUUCGCAAAUAGCGCGCGUGAUAAAGAUCUCCAACUGACGGAAGAGAGACUCCAAGAUGCAACCUCAAAUAAUCCUGCUGAAGGAAGGGACGGACGCAUCCCAGGGAAAGCAACAAGUAAUAUCCAACAUAAAUGCAUGCCAGAUCGUGGUGGACGCCGUUCGGACCACCCUGGGUCCUCGUGGUAUGGACAAGCUCAUAGUCGAUCAAAACGGAAAGGGCACUAUAUCCAACGAUGGCGCUACCAUCCUGAAACUGUUGGAUAUCGUUCAUCCCGCUGCAAAGACUCUGGUUGACAUUGCGAAAUCACAAGAUGCUGAGGUUGGAGAUGGCACGACCAGCGUAGUUUUGUUAGCGGGCGAGUUCUUGAAGCAGAUGAAACCGUUUAUAGAGGAGGGUGUACAUUCGCGGAUAAUUAUCAAGGCUCUUCGUCGCGCGCUUCAGAUAGCUAAGGAUAAAAUUAACGAGCUGAGCGUCAAGAUAGAUAAGAGUGACAUGAACAAACAGAUCGAGCUCCUGGAGGAAUGCGCGGCCACAUCUAUGAGCUCCAAAUUGAUACAUCAACAAAAGAAACAUUUCAGCCAAUUGGUCGUCAAGGCUGUCAUGAUGCUAGACAAAUUGCUUCCUCUCAAUAUGAUUGGUAUUAAAAAGGUUUCUGGAGGCGCGUUGGAGGAUUCGGACUUGAUCCAAGGAGUGGCCUUCAAAAAGACCUUCUCGUACGCUGGAUUCGAGAUGCAACCGAAAAAGUAUGAGCAGUGCAAGAUCGCGUUGCUGAAUAUCGAGCUGGAACUGAAGGCCGAACGGGAUAACGCGGAGGUGCGCGUGGACAAUGUGGCGGAAUAUCAGAAAGUCGUCGACGCCGAGUGGCAGAUUCUCUACGAUAAGCUCGAUCAGAUACACAAGAGCGGCGCGAAAGUUGUGCUGUCCUCAUUACCGAUCGGCGACGUCGCUACGCAGUAUUUCGCGGACAGAGACAUGUUCUGCGCCGGUAGGGUGCCGGAUGAGGAUCUCAAGAGGACGAUGAAGGCGUGCGGCGGUGCGAUCUUAACGACGGUGCACGACGUUAAGGAUUCCGAUCUCGGAAGAUGCCAGUCUUUCGAGGAAAAGCAGAUUGGUGGCGAGAGGUUUAACUUCUUCUACGAAUGUUCGCGAGCGAAGACGUGCACGUUUAUUUUGCGUGGAGGUGCGGAGCAAUUUCUUGAAGAGACGGAGAGGUCUCUUCACGACGCGAUCAUGGUCGUUCGGCGCAUGGUGAAAAACGACGCGGUGGUUGCUGGCGGUGGUGCCAUCGAGAUGGAAAUCUCGAAAACUUUGCGCGACUACUCGCGCACCAUCGCGGGAAAGGAACAGCUCUUGAUAGGAGCGAUAGCGAGAGCUCUCGAAGUUAUUCCGAGGCAACUGUGCGAUAACGCCGGGUUCGACGCGACAAAUAUCUUGAAUAAAUUGCGUCAAAAGCACCACAAGGGUUGGCAGUGGUAUGGUGUCGAUAUAAAUUCAGAGGACAUCGCGGAUAAUAUGCAGUGCUGCGUCUGGGAGCCGGCGAUAGUGAAGAUCAAUGCAUUGACCGCCGCCACGGAGGCCGCCUGUCUCAUCCUUUCCGUCGACGAGACCAUCAGGAACCCCAAGAGCAGCCAGGACGGUCCACAGCCGCCGAUGGGACGUGGCAUGGGCAGACCGAUGUAAUCUGUCGCCUGCGUCUGUUUAAUUUCAUCAACCGUGGUUUCACUUAUAAGAGAACUUAUAUGAUGUAAUGAAAUGAUAGCAUAGCUUAUAUAAAACCGUGAGCGCUGUGUCGCAUCUUUGCAGCCUUGUCUCUCAUCAUCUUUUGUACAUGCUAAUAAUUUAUAACGAAUCACAAUUGAGCGAGAUAACGGGUGAUUUCCUGUUUAAAAUAAAAGCUUAUUGUUCCUUAGA